GGCGGCGCCUGCUCUGCCCCGCCCGCUCCAACCCCGACCUCUCCCGCAGGCGGAGAUGCAGCUGCUCCUGCUCCUGCUCGCGGCCCUGCUGCUGGCCCCGGCGCCCGGGGCCUCGGCUCCCAAGGUGAGGCGGCAGAGUGACACCUGGGGCCCCUGGGGUGACUGGAGCCCCUGCAGCCGGACCUGCGGAGGGGGCAUCAGCUUCAGGGAGCGUUUCUGCUACUCGCAGAGGAGAGAUGGGGGCUCCAGCUGCGUGGGCCCCGCUCGCAGACACCGCUUGUGCCACAUCGAGGUUGUGGGCUGUGACCACAAGCUCGAUUCGUCAAAGCAGGAGGACAAGUGUCUGCAGUGUGGGGGUGACGGCACGACCUGCUACCCGGUCACCGGCACCUUUGACGUCAGUGACCUCAGCAGAGGUGGGGUCCUCCAGGGCUCCGCAGGCAGCUGGGACUGGGUCUGCUGCCUGUGCCUUCCUUGCCCGUCUGCUGCUCUGGCUCGUGAGGGGGGAGCUGUCGGUGACAGGCCUCAAAGGAGGACCCCCCUGUGCAGCUCAUCAGCCAGGAGUCCCAGCCCCGGCGUGCGCUACGAGUACCACCUGCCCCUGAGCACCCCCCGGCCCGGCUUCAGCUGGAGCCACGGCUCCUGGAGCGACUGCAGUGCUGAGUGUGGCGGAGGUCACCAGUCCCGCCCCGUGUUCUGCACCAUCGACAAUGAGGUCUACCCCGACCACAUGUGCCAGCACCAGCCACGGCCGGCCACCCGCCGCCCCUGCAGCCCUCACUCCUGCCCACAGACCCAGCGCUGGAAGACAGGGCCCUGGACACCCUGCUCGGCCUCCUGCGGAGGUGGCUCCCAGUCCCGCUCCGUCUACUGCGUCUGGUCCGAUGGGGCCGGCGGCGAGGAGGCGAUGGAGGAGGUCCAGUGUGCAGGCCUGCCCGGGAAGCCUGCCACCACCCAGGCCUGCAACCUGCAGCGCUGCGCAGCCUGGCGGGAGGAGCCCUGGGGAGAGUGUUCCGUCAGCUGCGGUGCCGGCAUCCGGAGGAGGAGCGUCACUUGCCAGGGCGACGAGGGGUCUCUGCUGCAUGCCUCAGCCUGCUCCUUUAAGGACCCGCCGCCGCUCACGGAGCCCUGCGUGCACGACGACUGUCCCCGCCUCAGUGACCAGGCCUGGCACGUAGGCGCCUGGGAGUCCAGUGAGUACUUGCCCCACCGUGCUGGGAACCCCGUGAGCUGUGAUGGGAACCCCGUGAGCCGAGAUGGGGACCCCGUGAGCAGUGAUGGGGACCCCGGGAGCUGUAAUGGGGACCCCGUGAGCUGUAAUGGGGACCCUGUGAGCUGUGAUGGGGGCCCCGUGAGCUGUAAUGGGGACCCCGUGAGCCGUGCUGGGGACCCCGUGAACUGUGAUGGGGACCCCGUGAGCUGUGAUGAGGAGCGACCAGCGGGUGGGAGCAGAUGCCGGUCAGGGCGGGCCAUGGCUCACGCCGCUCCUCUCCUCCACCCUCUGCAUCCCACCCCGGCAGCCGGCUCCCCAGAAGCCCCCAGCGGGCAGGACGUGCACACCAGCUUCAGGGCCCCCUGGAUGUCUUUGGGCCCUCGGGAGGCCCCCGCUUUGGGUGAGAAAGACCAGUGGUGGGCCACCCCGGAGCAACCCUCAACUCUGGGUAACCCCAGAGAAGCAGGACCCCACCUGCCAGCCCCACGCCCAGCCUCUUCUCUGCAGCCGUCCCCAGAACAGCAGCCCCUGUGGUCUGGCUCGGAGCCCCAGGACUGCAGGCACAGCCCCCACGGGUGCUGCCCCGAUGGCCACACGGCCUCUCUGGGGCCGCAGUGGCAAGGCUGCCCCGGGGCCUCUUGUCAGCAGAGCAGGUAUGGGUGCUGCCCUGACGGGGUGUCUGUGGCUGAGGGGCCCCAUCAAGCUGGCUGUGCAAAGUCUAACGGCGACGACAGGAGGAGGUCGGGGUCGAGAGCAGUGGCCUCCACAGUGCCCCAGGCCCACCAGCCCCAGGCCCAGCAGAGUGAGCCCACUGAGUGCCGGGGCUCCCAGUUUGGCUGUUGCUAUGACAACGUGGCCUCGGCAGCAGGCCCUUUUGGGGAAGGCUGUGUGGGCCAGCCCAGCUACGCAUACCCCGUGGGGUGCCUGCUGCCCAGCGCCCUCGGCUCCUGCACAGACUGGGCCCGCUGGUACUUCAUCGCCUCUGUGGGCCGGUGUAACCGCUUCUGGUACGGCGGCUGCCACGGCAACGCCAACAACUUUGCCUCGGAGGAGGAGUGCAUGAGCAGCUGCCGGGGGGCUCAACACGCGCCCCGCCAACCCGAGCCCGGGGCCGCUGGCCAGAGCACCCACAGAGCUGGUGGUGGCAGCAGUCCGGGAGGCCAGCGGGAGGCCGGCCAGCACAGGCCCGGGGCCGUGCACCACCCCCAGACCUCAGGAGAACGGCCCUGGGGCCCGGAGCUGGGGUCCAGCACCCCUGGGCUGGGCGGAGAUGCUGGGCGGCCAGCACCCCCCUCCCACAGCUCCUCCUCCAGGGUGAGCCUGGCCGGCACGGAGCCCUUUCUGGUGCAGGCGCCCCUGGGGCGGGAGGUGCGGCUCUUCUGCCCGGGUGUCGCCUCCAUGGACCCCCCUACCAGGUGGCAGAAGGACGGGCAGCCCCUCUCUGACAGACACAGGCCGCAGCCUGAUGGCUCCCUGGUCAUCAGCCCCCUGAGGGCAGAGGACGCUGGCACCUACAGCUGUGGCGCCAGGCCAGGCCGUGACUCUCCGAAGAUCCAGCUUCCGCAUUACAGCUCACUCCUUCCUCCUCCUGGCCUCAUGACAGGGGGUGACGUGACCGUGCCAAGGCACUUCCCUCAGACCAGGGACCCCGCCCCGGGCCACCGUCCUCAGGACUCCAGCCUAGGGAGGGAUGCUGGGGGCCUGGGGGCCAUCUCCUCUCCUCACCCAGGGCCUUCGACCAGGCUGCGCCUGGACCAGAGCCAGCCCGGGGUGGUGGACGCCCAUCCCGGCCAGCGGAUCCGGUUGACCUGUCCCUCUGAGGGCUUCCCACCCCCAACCAUCGAAUGGCAGAGAGAUGGGCAGACCCUCUCUUCUCCCAGACACCAGCAGCUGCCCGAUGGCUCUCUGGUCAUCAGCCAAGUGGCUGUGGAAGAUGGUGGCUUCUACGCCUGUGUCGCCUUCAAUGGGCAGGACCGAGACCAGCGUUGGGUCCAGCUCAGAGUUCUGGGGGAGCUGACGAUCACAGGGCUGCCCUCUACGGUGACGGUGCCAGAAGGUGACACGGCCAGGCUGCUGUGCGUGGUGGCAGGAGAAAGUGUGAACAUCAGAUGGUCCCGGAACGGGCUGCCGAUACGGGCCGAUGGCCACCGUGUCCACCAGUCUCCAGAUGGUACUUUGCUGAUCCACAACCUGCGGGCCGGGGACCAGGGCUCCUACACGUGCAGCACCUACCGUGGCAGCCAGGCAGUCAGCCGCAGCACUGAGGUGAAGGUGGUCCCACCAGCACUGGCCGCCCAGCCGAGGGACCCCGGCAGGGAUUGCAUGGAUCAGCCGGAGCUGGCCAACUGUGAGCUCAUCCUGCAGGCCCAGCUCUGUGGCAAUGAGUAUUACUCCAGCUUCUGCUGUGCCAGCUGUUCCCGUGCCCAGCCUCAUGCACAGCCAGUCUGGCAGCAGGGAUGAAGGCCGGCUCCAGCCCCAGUUCUGAAACAACCUGUAGGGCUGGGGAGAAAGGCAGGGAGACUCUCGCUCCCCCCUCUGUGGCUGCCAAGGGAGUUAUCUUCGGAGACACUGCUCCCCACCCCACCCCACCCACCCAGUGUUUAGCCUCAGCAGAGGCCAGAUCAGCAUCUCUGACAUGACGGAAAGAAACCUGUUUGGAUUAGGAUAUGCUUUACUUUACAACUUCCCUCUAUAAUUUCUGGUACACAGGAGCAGUUCACUGUGUUUUAAAAUGAGCUACCAGGGUUCUCACUUCAUGUGAAGCUGGAUAGGGAGGUGCAUAACUAUUUUAGUUAACACCUACCUAACUCCCGCUGUGACAGGGAAGGAUGCUUUGCUAGAACUAGAUCUCAUCUAGGGUCAAACAGUGGCCUGUGCUCUAGUCCCUCUCUCAACCUUCCAGGUAGUAAGUAGCAACCAGCUUCAAGCCCAUCUGUGCAUAUGGUUAACAGCAUAACAUUGGUGAAAGCUCUCAGGAAAGUGAACUAUGAGGUAAGGCUCACCUAGGGAUUUAGUAUGAAAGGGUAGCAGUUGCAUUAUUAUCUGAGCAUGAAAGAACUGGAAAAGCUGCUUACUUUCAUCGGAAAGCUGGAGCCGGAAGCCCUCCUCCUGAGGCCAACAGGAAGAGCUGGCUGUGAGGACCGCCUUACACCUGUAUGGAGCUGAUCGACGGCCCUGCUCUGUACUGAGACCAACAAGGAGCCGCUCCUUCUCGAGUAGGAAUCUGAAUCAAAGUGUUUGCUGCCAGAUAAAAGCCAGUCUAUUAUUAAAAACAGCAGCCUGGCCAGUGUGGCCCAGUGGUUGAGCAUCAACCCAUGAACUAGGAGGUCAGGGUUCGAUUCCCGGUCAGGGCACAUGCCCGGGUUGCAGGCUUGAUCCCCAGUAGGAGGUGUACAGGAAGCAACCGAUCAAUGAUUCCCUCUCACCAUUAAUGUUUCUAUCUCUGCCUCCCUUUCCUUCCCUCUCUCUGAAGUAAAUUAAAAAUAUAUAUAUUUAAAGAAACCAGCAACAGCAAGAUGGUGGUCCCAAUGGAGGGGAGGGCAAUGUAAUAAUAAGAAAGUGGCUUCAGAAAUGGUUUGAGUUGGUGGAAAUCAUUCUGCAUCUCAGGACUUCCAAUUCCUUGCUGCUAAAGAGGGAGCCCUGGAUUCAAUGUGGCUUCUUAGUCCCUUUCCACUUAACUUUUUACAAACCCUCCAGAGGGCUGGCUGGGCCUAGUGACACAGGUUAUUCAGAGACACAGGAAAGACAGGUGCUAAGGGAAAGGUUUUAUUCAUCAUGAUCAUGCUGGCUGAGUGAGGGAUACUUAUUAGUCUACCUAUCAUGGGCCAAGGCACAGAUCUUUUCUUUCCAUUUAAAAAUAUUAGGGACCAUUCCCUUUGAUUUACCAUGGCUGGUUUUGCUAUAGAAAUUAGAAAAUUUCUAAUUUUCUUGGACGCCCCAGUUCUUUAAUUAAACCAGUAUUUGGCCCAUUGGUAACAUAUUUCCAGAAGGUAAGUUUGAGGUUAGCUAGCUCUUCUUAGAACUAGUCACAGACUAGUGGGCUGAAGUUCAAGGUGAGAGUAAAACUCAAUCUAAACCACUGGUCCUCAACCCUCUUCCACAGUGGGAGCCUUUAAAAAACAGAACCAGGGGUUCCACUCUCCAGAGAUUUGAAUUUAAUUGGUCUAGAGUACUGCCCAGCCAUGAGGAUUUUAAAUGCUCCCCAAGUGAUUCUGAUACAUAUCCAAGGUUGAGACUCACUGCUCCAGCCCUGGACAUCUGAUUGUGAAUCUUGCUCAAAUGCAGAUUCUGCUUACAAGGUCUGGAGGAGGGUGGGGAGCUGAGAUUCUGUAUCUCUAACCAGCUCCUAGGUGAAGUCCAUGCUGUUGUCCAGACCACACUUUAGGCAGCAAGAAUAGGAUGUCAGAGAUGCAUUUAGGAUCAACCAAAGCCUAAAGAAUGAAUACAAAUAUGAACUAUAAGAAUAUACCAGAGCCCUGGCCGGUGAGAAUUGGAGUGUUGCCCGCACACCAGAGGGUUGCGCGUGUGGGAAGCAACUGAUCAAUUGAUGUUUUUCUCUCUUUCUCCUUUCCUCUCUCUGAAAAAUAAUAAUAAA